AUGUAUUUGUAAAAUCUCAGCGAAUGAAUUUAAAGUAAAGCCAACGUUCCACCCGACAAUCUGGUCCGAGCUUUUUCAAGGAAAUAUAAUCAAACAAUCACCGUAUGCUGAAUAUAUCAUCCAAUCAAUGUUAGCAGUGUUCAAAGCUCGUUCUAUUGAUUCCGUUGGUCAGUUAGCUCAUGCAUUAAGCAAUGUCAAACUUUCCACAGAUACACUACUAAAAAUAUUCUGGCCAAGUUCAUAUUGUAGGCUGUUACGUGAAGAUGUUGUUCUACUAGAUAGUCCAGGGAUUAAUGUUGAUCCAGAUAUGGAUAGAUGGAUUGAUCUUCACUGUUUGGAUGCGGAUGUUUUCAUUCUUGUUGCUAAUGCUGAGUCAACAUUAAUGCAAGCUGAGAAAGAUUUCUUCCAUAAAGUCAGUCAGAAGUUAUCAAAACCAAAUAUUUUUAUCAUUAAUAAUCGUUGGGAUGCUUCAGCAAACGAAAUUGAAUAUAUUAAUGAGGUACGUGAACAACACCUGCAACGUUGUGUAGCGUUUCUUGUUGAUGAAUUAAAAGUGUGCACACGUACAGAGGCAGAGGGACAUGUUUUCUUCGUUUCAGCUCGUGAAGUUUUAGCAAUGAGAACAAAAGCGAAUUUAGGUGGAGAUCCACAUUCAGGUCCUCCUGGAGCAGCUACAAGUAUUGGGUCUCCUUUGUCAACAGUGGCCUAUAUGGCUGAGGGUUGGCAAGACAGACUCGUGGAGUUUACAAAUUUCGAAACUGUUUUUGAGAAAAAUCUUUCAGAGUCUGCUACUCGUACAAAAUUUGCAGCUCAUUCUGAACAAGGCAAGGAUGUAGUGAAUAGAGUUCGUACAAUCAUGGAAAAUAUCUAUGAGACAACAGUUGAAGAAAAAGAUGCUGCUGUUCGCUGUCGUCGUCUUUCUCAAGCACAUCUUGAAGAGGUACGUGCCCGGUUGAUGAAGACAACUCAAGCUGUAGAUGAAAUGCUUCAUGCUAGUUUGGCACGUGUUGAAGCUCAAGUGGCUAGUGCAUUAAAUGCUGAAAUUCGACGUUUGAGUGAACUUGUCGAUAGUUAUUCGCGUCCUUUCCAUCCAGAUCCAGCUUUGAUUCACGUAUACAAGCGGGAACUAAAUACUCAUGUUGAACGUGAAUUAGGCAGAAAACUUACUGAAGCUUGUUCUAGUGAUAUUCUUAAUGAAGUUGCUCGAUGUGAACAGUUAAUGAUGAAUAAACAUGCGGCAAUUGUUUCAGACGAAGCUUGUAAAAAUCGUAUACUUCAGCUAGUUGAUCCUACUGCGUUUACUCCGGAAUUUCAUCUUGAUUGUCGUAAUUUGUGUGCAAAUUUUCGCGAAGAUAUUCAGUUUCGUUUUUCUCUUAGUUUGGGAACGCUGUUCCAACGGUUAUCAGCCCCACGUCGUUCGACAAAUAGUUACCAUUGGACACAAUCUGAUGGGAUUCCUUCUAGUUUAGUUAACUCGUCCAUAUUACCCAGAUCUUCGUUGACUGUUGAUUUAUUCCCUUCUCUUAUGAGCCGAAGUGCUGUUGGUACUGUUAUUGUUUUUGGAAUUAUGUCUAAAGCUGUUGGUUGGCGAGUUCUAGCGGUGGCUUGUGGAAUAUACGGUGGUUUGUAUCUAUACGAACGACUUUCUUGGACAAAUAAAGCUAAAGAGGCUGCUUUCAAACGUCAAUAUGUCGAUUUCGCUUCACAUAAAUUACGUUUAAUUGUUGAUUUAACUAGUACAAAUGCUCGGCAUCAAGCUAAAAGAGAGUUACAUUUAGCUCAUAAGAAGUUGUCCACGGAAGUGGAGAAUUUCAGUGAUACUUUAGUUGAAGAAGUAAAACAAUUGGAUAAUGAUAUUAACCGUCUGGAUUUCAUUACUACAGAAGCAAGGAAACUUAAAAAUCGUGCUAAUAACUUGGGGAAUAUUUUGAAUAAAUUUCAUGAAACAUUUAUUUUAAAUCCAUGGGAUGAAUCUAAUUAGACGAAUUCAAUUUAUUCUUUUGGUGUUUUCUUUUUUGGAAGAAAUGUUCAUAUAUAUAUAUAUAUAUAUAUAUAUAUAUAUAUAUAUAUACAUAAUAGUUCAGUUUACAAAGUGAAAAACAUGACGCAAGAAAACGAAAUCUCAAAUUGAAAAGUCUUCAAAAACCUUUCUAGUAGUAAUAUUAGUUAGUAGCAGGAGUAGUAGUAUGCUUUCGCCGCUGAACGCGAUGCAUUUUGGGAACAAAUAUUACGUUAACGAGCAUUUCAAUACCUUCGAUAAUAAUGAUUACAAUUUAUUACAAUUUUCUGAAUUAUUUACUCAUGUACUAUGUAAUUUUAAGCUUUUUAUCUGUCAGUAACUUGUUUGCUCAAUUAUCUAGCUUCAUACGUGUCUAAUAUCAAACUCGGCAAUUGGCUGUUUCGUAAUUCAAUGAACUUGCGAAAAUAAGAUUUUCAUUAGUUUUGUUUUAAAAUGAAAUACAUCACUCAAUAUGUAUUCGUGCACAAUAGAUUAACACGAUGAAGUUCUUAUACGCCAACCCACAUUAUGUUUGUGUAGUAUGCCGAUAUCAUAACAUUUUGACACUUCGUAAAACUCAUACAUAUUUUUUUUAUCUCAGUAAUUUCUGUAUAUCAUAGUUAUUCUGUCCGAUUAAACACUGUUUUUGAACACUGGUCUGUAUCUAUAUUCUUUGUCCACUGUUUGAAAUUUUCUAUUUCUAUAUAUGAUAAUGAACCAAAAUAAUAUGAGACUUUUGAGCUUGAAACUUUUAAAUGAUUAGUGUACACAAAAGAAUUUCAUAAAAUUAAAAUUUACGUGCAAGUUAAUGUAGGCACAUGGGGCAAAAGAAAAUAAUAUAAAAUUGUAAAACUUUUAAAA